ACUACAAAAAAUUAAAGUCAUGCAUGAUCCCAGCGAUUAUGAUUCGGUCUACAGCGAUUCGGAUUAUAUGGAUGUUGCACUGGGCGCUGCUACACCCCCGCUAAUGAACUACGAUGAGUUUAUGGUAAAAACAAUGGAUGAACGACAGCAUAUACAGAAGAAAACUUUUACGAAAUGGAUAAACUCACAUCUAAGCAAUACGCAGUGCUCGCCAGUGAACGAUUUGUUUCUGGAUCUGCGAGACGGACAUCGGCUAUUGGCAUUGCUUAGCACGCUGACGCAAACGCAGUUGAAACCGGAAAAGGGUCGCAUGCGUGUGCAUCAUAUCAACAAUUUAAACAAAGUGCUGCAAGUGAUACAACAGCAUGGAGUCAAGCUGGUGAACAUAAGCAGCGAUGAUAUCGUUGGCGGCAAUGCAAAGCUCACAUUGGGUCUCAUUUGGCUUAUAGCGCUCGAGUUCAAUGGCCAGCAUCUAGUCAAGAGUCAUUCGAGCAAUGGCGUUGAAAAGUCGCUGCUGGCCUGGGCGCGUCAAUACACCGAGCCGCAUGGACUGGCGCUGCAUGAGUUUGCCAGCUCUUGGGCAGAUGGACGUGCAUUUCUAAUGAUCUUGUCGGCACAGCUGGAUGAGCUGGAUUUGGAUACAGCGCUGGCGCAGCAGCCGCUGCAGCGUCUACAGCUUGCAUUCGAUUUAGCGCAUAGACAUUUUAAAAUAGAAAAGCUGCUGGAACCGGAGGAUGUGCAUACGCAUCCGGACAACAAGUCCAUACAAAUGUAUGUCAUGUGUUUGUAUCAUGCUAUGGAAUCCAUGCGCGCUGCUGAGCGCGAGCGUCAGCCCUGCACCAGCAUAACCGAUUUGGAUGAAGUGCCGCUGGAUGCAGAAACAGACAAUGGCGGCUUGUAUACUUCAGAUAGCGCUACGAGCAUGGAGCUCAAGCAGAGCGCGCUGCGUCCGCUAAGCACAGCUACCAAUGCAAGCAUUGAAAUCAGCGGCUAUCAAACAGCGCUGGAGGCUGUGCUGACGCUGCUGCUGGAGGAUGAGCAGCUGCUGGCGCAGGAGCUGCCAGUUGCUGCAGAUUUUCAAAGCGCCAAGCAGCAGUUUCAUGAAAAUGAGAGCUUCAUGCUGAAGCUAACCGAACAUCAGGAGUAUGUGGGCGAGGCGCUCGAAGAGGGCAGCAAUUUGAUAAACGAGUCACAAAAACCAGGCGCUGGUCUAACGCUGGAUGAUCAGAAUGAAGUGCGACAGCAGAUGGUGCUGCUGAAUGAGCGCUGGGAGACGCUGCGUCUACGCGCGCUGGAUAUGCAGGCCAAGAUACUGAUGCGUUUAGCAGAGUUUCAAAAGCAAAAGCUCGAGCAGCUGCGUCAGUUUCUUACGAAUGUAGAGGAUCGCAUAUCGCAUAUGAGCGACAUUGGGCCAACUAUAGCUGAGGCGGAGCAGCAGCUAACAGAGGCGCGUCAGCUGAAGUCCGAUCUGUGCGAGCAACAGGAGCUGGUGGACAGCAUAAGCAGCAUGGUGGUUAUAGUAAACGACACCUCUGGCAAUUUUAAUGAUCUAGAAGAUCGCUUGAAUGCGCUGGGCGAACGCUGGUCACAUGUAGUCAAGUGGACGGACUUGCGCAAUGAAAAGCUGCAGCAAUAUAAAUGCAUUUCACGCUGGCUGGAUGCACGCGAGCAGGACUUGAAGCGCAUGGAGAGCAGCGAUGUUACCGAUGUGGGCGGCAUUACGCAGCGCAUUAAUGAGCUGAACUACUGUGCCAAGGAUUUGCUGGAGCUGCAGCGUUAUUUGCUAGACUUGCGUCAAAUGGUGGCAGCCACACUACAAGACGGCGAUGAUAAAGGCGAGCGCGUGUUGAUGCAGCUGGAAAGCUUUGAGGAUCGGCUGGACGCGCUGAAGCAAAUACUGGAAGUGCAAACAAUGCGCAUUGAAACCAAAGGCUUUAACUUUGGACGCGAGCGCGCCAGCUAUGAUGACAGUCGUGUGGUGCGCCCCGAGGGCUGGCUGGACUAUCAGUUCAUCAUACGCUUUGGCGAGGAGGAGCUUGAGGACGCGCAGCCGCCAGCUGCAGCUGCUGAGCUGGAGCAGUUGUCAGCUAAAAAGCGCAAGCUGCGCAAUGCCGACAACUUCUAUGCGCUGGAGUCGCAAAUUAUGGAACACUUUGCGCAUGUGCAGCAAGUGGAACAACAGCUGCAGCAGCUGCAGCGCCAAAGUCUGCGCAAUCAAUGCGAUACACUCAAGCAGUUGCAGCAGCAGCAGCAGCAACGCGCGCUCACGCUGCCAGAGCUGAAGAAGCUGCUCGAGGUGUGCGAGCAGGAGCAGCCGGCGCGCAAGCUGCUGCUGGAAGCGGCGCAUCUGAAGCAGCUGGAGCAGCGCUAUGCAGCGUUGGCGCAACGGCUGCUUAGCCAGCAAAGUGAGUGCAGCCAGCUGCUGGCCAAGGAGCGUUACUACAACAGCUUGACGGGCUUUAAGCUGGUGCUGGCCGAUUCGCGUGAUUGGUAUAAGCAGCAUGCAGGCAGCGCCAGCUGCGCCGAGCUGGAGCAGCGUCUGUCACACAUGGAGUCGCUGUCUAGCGAAAUUGCGCAGGCGCAGUGCACCACCGAUGCGCUGGACGCUGAGCAGCUGGAAUGGAAGCAAGACUUUGCGCUCUUCUAUGACAGUUGGCAUGAUCUGAAGCAGGCGCUGCACACGUUGAUACAGCAGCGUGGCGGCGAGCACAUGUCACAACAGCUGCAGCGACUCGAACAGUUUGUGCAAAAAGUAGCGGCGCAGCAAGUGCGUGUGUCACAGCUGGAAGUAAUGCAGCAGCAGCAGCAGCUGCUCAAUCAGCUAAUGGAUGAACUGGAGUCACUCAAGCCCAGCUAUGAGCGCUUGCCAGCGCAUUUGCUUAGCACAGAGCUGCAGGCCGCUUGGCAGCGUCUGCCCGAGCAGCUGAACGAGCGCGUCAUUAAGCAAACCACCGCCAUUGAGAACCUCAAUCACUUUGUAGCCGAGUAUAAUGCCAUUAUAGCUGUGCUACGCAGCGCUGCUGCCACGCCGGAGCAACAGGAGCGUGCGCCUGCGCUGCAGGAUUUACGCAAACUCGAAAUCGAUGUUAUAAGCGCGCGCAACUUUAGCGAGAUUCUCAUCAAGGAAGCGGAGCCCACACAACGUGAUACGCUGCAGUCGCAAAUACGCGCGCUCAAUGCGCUUUACGCUCAAGUCGAGCAGCGUCAGCAGUCACAACGCGCGCAGCAGUCGGCGCUGCAAUCCCAACUUGUCGAUAUACAGCAGCGUCUGCAGCACACAGAGCGUUGGCUCAGCGAACUGGAGAGCAAUACACCCAAGUCCGGCGUCGCUGAUAUACGCAACUCCAAUGAGUUGUUCCAAAGCAAGAGCAAGUUCCAAACGCUCAAGGAAACCUGUGAACGCGAAACGGUGCAAUUCCGUGAACUGAACGAACUCGGUGGCGAGUUGUUGCUGCAGCUGGAUGAGCUGCCGCUUAACCCCAAUGAUGAUAAGGAUAGCAACUAUGGCACAUUGGCCAAACAGUUUACGCAUCUCAAUGCGCGCUGGUCGGAGGUUACGGAGCGUGUCUAUGCCAAGACAGCGCUGUUGGAACAUAUUUCAACGCAGCUGGGCGAGUUCAAGAAGUUCAUGGUCAGUGAGACGGGCUACUUGGAUAAACUGGAGAAUAAGAUACGCAAUACGCCAGAGAAUGCAGCAGAUGCGGAGGAAAUUAUGGAAGAACUCGAUGAUUUGGAGAAUGUGCUGCGCUCUCAUUCCGACGAAUGGCUGGACAAAAUUCAGGAAAUUGGCAAUGAGCUAAUUGACAAUGAAUUUAUGGCUAAUGUUAUGCGCAAGGAUAUCGAUGGCGUUGUAGUGCGUUGGACAAAGCUACAGCAGCAGGCAAAGAAACGCACCGAACUGCUGGAGGAGAAGGUGAGCGAAGCGGAGCAGUCGGAGCGUGCUGUUGUGCAUUUGGAGGCGUGGCUAACGCGCAUGGAUGAGAUACUCAGCGAGCAUCUGGAAAACGAUGUGACCAUUGAGGAUCUGCCAGAUGAUUUUCAGAUAUUGGCGCGUGAAUUUACCAUAAACGAGCAAAACUUUAAGCAUAUAACCGAACAGAUAGCUGAGCAUACAAUUAAAGGCAAGACAGGUGCAGCCAAUCGCUUGCAGGAGCAGCUUAAUCUAAUGGAAAUGCGUUUCAAGGCCUGCCAGGCAAAGCUUAACAAGUGCACAGCACCACAGCCCGCCUAUGAAUCGCGUCUGAAUCGCGCCUAUGGCGAUUUGCGCAAUGUGGAGCAUUCCACAUUGGUCUUGGAUGUGGCCUCGGCGGGACCGAGCACAGUGCAGGCGCAAUAUCAAAAGUGCUUGCAAAUUUAUCGCACACUUAGCGAAAUCAAGGCGGAGAUUGAAAGCACAAUUAAAACUGGAAGACGUGUAUGCGAGGAUAAGUACACGAGAUCGCCCAAGCAGUUAAGUCAACGCAUUGAUGCGCUCAAACAUUUGUACAAUGCACUGGGCGAGAAUGUAACACAGUCCAAAGCUUUUCUGGAGAGCUUGAUUAAGCUGGCCCGACAGCUGGAGCAAUGCUUUGAAUCUGCGGAUGAACUCAUCAGACGCUUUGAGUCGCCACAGGAGCUGCAUGAUCGCAAUGCCAUAUUGCUGGAGUUCGAGGAUGUGCUGCAGCGUUGCGAGGAGCAUUAUGCUGAUUACAGCAAGUCCUGUGACCAGAGCUGCAUGCAGGAGACGCGUCAGCGCAUUGAUGGCCUCAAGGCGUCGUAUCACAAGCUAACCAGUGCGGAUAUUAUUAAGCGCCUAACUGAAAUGAAAGCGACGCUGCAAAACUUGGACAACAUUUCGCUGGAGACGCUAAAAGCCAUGGAGCAUGACUUGAAGGAAAUAAAUGUGCCAUCGAAUCCGGAGAUUGAGAAUCUGCAACAACAAGUUAUAGCAAUUGUCGUGGAUACGCUAAGAACGCGCUACAAUGAGGCAACCACGCUCACCACUCAGCCAGCAGCUGGCGAUGAUACCGAAAUCGUUGUCGUUAGCGAUACAGUGCGACAGCGUCGCGCACGCACACCGCAAGCGGGUGAAAGCAGCAGUGCACCAAGCACACCCAAUGCAAGUGCAAAAGCCACAGAGCAGGCGGCCAGUAGUGGCGGCGGCGGCGGCGGCGGCGAGCAGGUGCUGCCUGAUGUGCUGCCACCGCAAACUUUCCGUCUGGCCGAGUCCAGCACUCUCUUCUCACAAAUAUCGCUUAAUCCGCGCAAAUUGAGCGCAGACUCUGCGCCAGCUAAACCCUCAAAGAACAAACGCAAAGCGCCCGCAGCGCCAGCACAAAUGGUUGAGAUCAAAGUGAAAAAUAUACAAAAUGACAAGAUGUCAGUGCAAAACAUAGACCUGGAGCCGCAGCAGGGCGAAAUUGUGGACACCGUAAAUAUACUGGAGAGCGUUGAGCCAUUUGUGCCCGAGUAUGUGGAAACUGUGCAGAUUGUGGACUUAUCCGAAGACUCGGACUCCUCAUCGCGCGCUGAGCUGUCGAAAAGCAAAGGCUCGCUAAGCGACGCAGCCACUGACACGGAGCUGCUGCGUCCUGCAGCUGGCAACACCAGCACCCCAUUGCUGCAUAUACAAAAGCAACGCAUAUCCUUUGAGGAGAAACGCAAGCGUAUUGCCAAUGAGCGUGAUUUGCUGCGCGAUUCGGAAGAUGAGAACAGCAGCACACCAGCAGCAGCAGCAGCUAAACUGCAAGCUGUGGCCAAUCCCAAGCGCUGGCGUCAACUGCAGCCUGAGCUGGAGUUAGCUGAUGCACCUGAGUCACCCAUACGCAAUAGUUUCUAUGCUGCGGAUAAGGAAACAGGUUUUGAUAUUGAGCCGCUGGUAUUUUCCGACGAUGAGGAAAUACCGCGUUUCUCGCUGGAAAUGACACCAACCUUUGACUCCGAUAGUGAUACGAGUCGCAUUGAAACACCCACAACCAAGAAGCCCAAUUCGUUUUUGAGCAAAGUGCUGCCCACAACGCCGCAGGAUGAUUCAAAUGUUACGCUCAAGAGUCCGCAGGGUGAGCCCUUAAGCUUGGAGCAGCGCGUUAUGGAGUUCAAUAAGCUAGCCAAACAAAUGAUCUAUAAGCUUGAGCUAACUAAAGUUAAAAUUGAGCAAUGUCAUGAAAGCGAAGCCGACGAUCUGCGUUUGUUAAUAGCACCCGAUGCAGCUACUUUAAUCUCACAGGGUGAUUCACUUGUGCUCGAGACUCAUGGCAAACAGGGCAGCAUUUCGCGCUUGGUCAUGCGUGCUCAAAUUAUUUUGCGUGAAAAGUUUCGCGAAGUGCAGCAGGCCAAAUCCAAGGCAACAGGCGCAGCUGCUACACGUCCCGCUGCUGACAGCGUUAAUAUUGAGGAAUUGAUUACGAAGGGACUGCGACGGAUCAAUGUGCUGAUUGAGAAACCUGUGGAUCUAAAGUCCAGCACUGAACUCGAGAAACGCAUGGAGGAUAUCAAUGAACGCCGAGACGAUUUACAGGUCAUUGUCGGUGCCAUUGGCAAAAACGCCCAAAUGCCAAAGGUUACCCCCGUCAUGAUGAACGAAAUCGAAAAGACUAAAAACAAUUUGAUUGCUCAUGCGGACUCCAUUGAACUCUCACUGACCGAACUAAAAAAUGGCUCUAAAAUUGGCAGCAGCAGCAACGGCUCAAACGCCACUCGUGAGGACUACAACAACGAGCCAAGUGGCAGCGGCGCAUUGGCCAGCAGCUUUGAUAAGUCCGUGCUACAUAUAUCCGACUGGCUGACUUGGGAACAAAACAUGAUCAAAAUACAAAGUGUGCUCAUAGACGAUGUCGAUGCAGUGCGUUUGGCUAUUGAAAAGCAGGAGAAAGUGCUGCGUGAAUUGAAAAUGAAAAAGCCGCAGCUUAACGAACUGGUGCAUACGGCUGAGGUGCUUAAAGGCGAUACUAAGCGUCAGCAGCUGCAAGAGAAAGAAUUAAAGCAGUUCUCCCUAGCCCCGCAUUGCUCAGCGGAUUUAAACUAUUUGCGUUGCUUUCUCAAAGUAACGCGCCUGAGGGAGCAUUGGGAUGAGACGUCGCAGUGCGUGUUGCAACGUGCUGCGCAGCUGAAGAACAUGCUGAGCGACUCGCAGCGCUUUGAGGCGAAGCGGGUGGAGCUGGAGAAGUGGCUGCUGCGCAUGGAGCAGCGAGCGGAGCGUAUGGGCACAGUUGCCACCACGGCUGAUGUAUUGGAGGCGCAGCAGAAGGAGCAAAAGUCCUUCCAUGCCGAGCUGCAUCAGAAUAAGCAGCACUUUGAGCUCUUCAACGAUUUGACACAGAAACUAAUUGCAGUCUAUCCCAACGAUGAUACGACUCGUAUUAAAAAGAUGACGGAAGCCAUUAAUCAACGUUACGCCAACUUGAACAAUGGCGUUGUCAAUCGUGGCAAGCAGCUGCAUGCAGCAGUGCACAGUCUGCAGUCAUUUGAUCGUGCCAUGGAUCAGUUCCUUGCUUUCCUAUCGGAAACCGAAACACUUUGUGAGAAUGCCGAGUCGGACAUUGAACGCAAUCCGCUGAUGUUUAAGGACCUACAAUCGGAAAUUGAAACCCAUCGCGUUGUUUACGAUCGUCUCGAUGGCACCGGCCGCAAACUUUUGGGUUCGCUCACCUCACAAGAGGAUGCGGUUAUGCUGCAGCGUCGCUUGGAUGAAAUGAAUCAACGUUGGAAUAAUUUAAAAUCAAAAAGUAUUGCAAUCAGAAAUCGCUUGGAGUCCAAUUCAGAGCAUUGGAAUGCGCUGCUGCUGUCGCUGCGUGAGCUCACCGAAUGGGUUAUACGCAAGGAUACCGAACUAAGCACCUUGGGCCUGGGACCAGUGCGUGGCGAUGCGGCCAGUUUGCAAAAGCAGUUGGACGAUCACAAAGCGUUUCGACGUCAGCUGGAGGAUAAGCGGCCAAUUGUUGAGAGCAAUUUAACUAGCGGUCGUCAGUAUAUUGCCAGCGAGGCGCCAGUAUCGGAUACCAGCGAUACGGAGGCCGCGCAUGAUUCGGAUUCCCGCUACAUGUCGGCGGAGGAGCAGAGCCGUGAGCUGACACGCAGCAUACGACGCGAGGUGGGCAAACUUUCCGAGCAAUGGAACAAUCUAAUCGAUAGAUCUGACAAUUGGAAGCACCGUUUGGAUGAAUACAUGACGCACAGUUCAGUUUCAGUCGUAGCUCAAAUUCUUAUAACCAACACGCUCAAAAAGAUGCGCCAAUUCCAAAAGGUGCUGGAGGAUUUGAGCUCACGCGUCGCUCUGGCCGAGCAAACAAAGAAUGGCUGGCAGGCACCCGCCUCGUUGGGCGAGGCCAAUGAGCAAAUGCAACAGCUGCAGCGGCUGCGGGACAAAAUGACAACGGCCAGCGCAUUGUUGGACGAUUGCAAUGAGCAGCAGUCCUUCUUCACCGCCAAUCAAGUGCUGGUGCCCACACCCUGUUUGUCCAAGCUGGAGGACUUGAAUACACGCAUGAAACUGUUGCAAAUUGACAUGGACGAGCGGCAAAAGGUUCUGUGCCAGGCGGGCGCUAAUCAUACGCACGAGAAUGGCGACGAUGGGCGUAAUACAUCCAACAGUGGCACCAUUGGGCCAUUACCUAAUUUGGGGCAGAGUGUAAAGCCGCCCUGGGAGCGUGCCACAACGGCCACCAAUGUGCCUUACUACAUCGACCAUGAGCGUGAAACCACACACUGGGACCAUCCAGAGAUGAUUGAACUGAUGAAAGGCCUGGCCGACCUCAACGAGAUUCGCUUCUCAGCGUAUCGCACGGCCAUGAAACUGCGCGCAGUGCAAACGCGUUUGGCGCUCGAUCGCGUUUCCAUGGCUACUGCUUGCGAGUCCUUCGAUCGCCAUGGACUGCGCGCUCAGAACGAUAAGCUAAUCGAUAUACCGGACAUGACUACAGUGCUGCAUUCGCUUUAUGUGACAAUCGAUAAAAUUGAUUUGACACUGCUGCUUGAUUUGGCCAUUAACUGGAUAUUGAAUGUCUACGACUCGCAGCGCACUGGACAGAUACGUGUGCUCAGCUUUAAAGUGGGACUGGUGCUGCUUUGCCGCGGACAUCUGGAGGAGAAGUAUCGCUAUCUGUUUCGCCUCGUAGCCGACACAGAGAAGCGCGCAGAUCAGCGCCGUCUAGGGCUGCUGCUGCAUGAUUGCAUACAGGUGCCGCGCCAGCUAGGCGAGGUUGCUGCCUUUGGCGGCUCAAACAUUGAGCCGUCGGUGCGCAGCUGCUUGGAGCAGGCGGGCAUAUCGCAGGAGGCCAUCGAUGGCAAUCAGGAGAUAUCAAUUGAGCUGCAGCAUUUCCUGGGCUGGCUGCAGCAUGAGCCGCAGAGUCUGGUCUGGCUGCCAGUGCUGCAUCGUUUGGCUGCAGCCGAGGCGGCCAAGCAUCAGGCCAAGUGCAAUAUUUGCAAGGAGUAUCCAAUUGUGGGCUUCCGCUAUCGCUGUCUCAAGUGCUUCAACUUUGACAUGUGCCAAAAGUGUUUCUUCUUCGGCCGCAAUGCCAAGAAUCACAAGCUAACCCAUCCCAUGCAUGAGUACUGCACAACGACCACAUCCACCGAAGACGUGCGCGACUUUACGCGUGCGCUCAAGAACAAAUUCAAGAGUCGCAAAUACUUUAAGAAGCAUCCACGCGUCGGUUAUUUGCCCGUGCAGAGCGUGCUCGAGGGCGAUGCACUGGAGAGUCCAGCGCCCAGUCCACAGCAUACAACGCAUCAGCUGCAGAACGAUAUGCACUCGCGGCUGGAAAUGUACGCCUCGCGACUGGCGCAGGUCGAAUACAGCGGCACCGGCUCCAAUUCGACGCCGGACAGCGAUGAUGAGCAUCAGCUGAUUGCACAGUAUUGCCAAGCGCUGCCCGCCAGCAAUGGCAGCGGACCCAAGUCGCCGGUGCAGGUAAUGGCGGCCAUGGAUGCCGAGCAGCGCGAGGAGCUGGAGGCCAUUAUACGCGAUCUGGAGGAGGAGAACGCCAAUCUGCAGGCAGAGUAUCAGCAGCUGUGCAGCAAGCAGCAGUCGGGCACGCCGGACGACUCCAACGGCAUGCAGCACUCCAGCUCCAGCAUGACGGGUCUGGCCAGCCAGGGCGAGCACGGACAGGACAUGAUGGCCGAGGCCAAGCUGCUGCGCCAGCACAAGGGACGCCUCGAGGCGCGCAUGCAAAUACUGGAGGAUCACAAUCGGCAGCUGGAGGCGCAGCUGCAGCGACUGCGUCAACUGCUCGACGAGCCAAACGGCGGUGGUGGCAAUAGCAGCGCCAACAGCAGCACACUGAACAGUGCGCCAGGCUCAGCGCUCAACUCCAAGCCCAACACGCUGCAAACUCGCUCCGUUACCGCCUCGCAACUGAACACAGAUUCGCCGGCCAAGAUGAAUCAACAGAACGGUCACUACGAGCACAAUUCAAAUGGCACGAAAAAUUUGGUCACUGUUAUUACGGAGCAGGAAAUCGAAGCCAUUAACGAGGAUUUGGAUGAGAGGAGCAGCAGCAGCACGAUUACGACGAAUACAACGACGACGACAGAGCGAACCUGCGUGGAGCUAAAGAAAUAAGCUAUGCAUACUUAUACGAAACACAAAAAUGAUAAACAAUCUUUUUAAAAAGAAAACUACAUUUCAUUCUAAUGGCUGGCGUGCAAGCAAAUUAAGCAACUUAUACAUAUAUUUAUACAUAUUAAUAUUUAAACGAGCAACGUUUUAUAUUAGUUAUGCGAAUUAUACACACAUAUAUAUAGUGCUAAGAGAAUGAUACAUAUUAAAAGCUGGAAAUAAUGCAGAAAAAUAUAAAGAUUAGUUAAGUUACUUGUAAUCGCUAAUUAUAAUACCAAGUACAUUGCGAGAAUUGUUAUAAACGCACUUUUUUAAACACAAAAAGAAACGAAAAAACUAACUAAAGGCACCAUAAAUCUAUAAACGAUUAUUUUUACUUUUAUUAACAGUUAUUAUUUUAUUUUGUCUGUAACUGUUUACAAUACAUUUUAUUUUAAUUGUAAUUUUGUAUUAUAUUGUAUGUGCUAUAACCGUUAGUGUGCUGGCAAUGUUUUCAAUUAAAAACAAUUAGUUAAUAUUCAUGAAUACACUUCAGACUGCGUUUUAUUUCAAUUGUUGAAUUGAUUUUUUAGUUUAUACAAGUAAACUGAUGACGAAUACGAUCACUAAAUGGACCACCUUUUCUAUAAAACCUUUACUAUAAAAUAAUCCAAUCAAACAAUUCAUACUAUAGAAUUCGAUAUGUUAACUAGUUAAAUCAAUAACAA